AUGAGCGAGGGAAGAGAGGCGUCCUCCCUGGGCAUGAUGGACUCGGCGUUCUUCGUGAGCCGAAAGGAACUAAUCGAGUGGGUGAAUAGGACGCUAAAGCUGAACGUAACCAAAAUCGAGCAAUGCUCCAACGGAGCCAUCUACACACAGCUCUUGGACAUCCUAUUCCCCAACAAGUCAGUCCUCCACAAAGUGAAGUGGAAUGCCAAGUUAGAAUACGAGUGCAUAAUAAACUACAAACUAAUUCAAAACGUUUUCAACAAAUUAGGGAUUAAAAAACAUAUGGACAUAGAUAAACUAAUUAGGGGAAAAUAUCAAGACAAUUUAGAAUUCCUCCAAUGGUUUAAAGCUUUUUUUGAACGAAUCAUUGACUAUAAUAAUGAAAAUGUAAUUAAUUAUGACCCCUUGGAACGUCGUAAAUUAUGCAUCCUUGGAGAUAGGGGUGAUUACAAGUUACUAAAUAGCUAUUUACCCGAUUGGGCAAAGGUAGAGAUACAUAUUGGCAAAGAGAAAGGGAUGCAUAACGAAAAUAGGACUUGUUCUAAUGGGACUAAACGGAACAAUGACUACAGAUCUAGUGUCAAUCAGGAUAAUAUCACCACCAGUGUGGGCAUCCGUGCCGCCACAUCCUCCA